AUGCCCAAUACUCACACCCCGCCGAGCAGUCGGUAUGAGUUCAAGAUCGCCGUUCUUUGUGCUUUGCCGCUGGAGGCAAGCAUCCUCCAAGGACUAUUUGAUGCUCAAUGGGACGCUGAAAAGUAUGGCAAAGACCCAGCAGACACAAACGCUUACUCGCUGGGUGUGCUUGGACCUCACAACGUUGUUCUUGUGCACAUGCCCAACAUAGGAAAGGUUGCCGCUGCCGUUGCAGCCGCCAAUCUUCACACCAGCUUUCGUGGGAUUCAGCUUGCACUUGUGGUCGGGAUUUGUGGUGGUGCGCCUUUUGGGCCGGCGGGUGAACUCAUACUGGGUGAUGUUGUCAUCAGUGAAGGGCUAGUUCAAUACGAUCUCGGGAGGCGAUUGCCUUAUACCUUUGUGCGAAAAGACACACCUGUGGAAAACCUACCGAGGCCUAGACCUGAAGUUCGUGCGGCUUUAGCCAAGCUACAAACAGGCCAGGGUCGAGACCAGUUGCAGAAUAAAAUGUUGGGGCAUCUUCGAUUAUUGCGUCAGCGAUCUGAUCUUGCGAUACCGUAUCCUGGACCAGAAAAGGAUCAAUUAUUCAGCCCGAAUCAUCUCCACAUGCAUCAACCUCCAUCGCCAUGUGUGAUAUGUACUAAUAAUCGAGAUUAUUUGUGUUCGUCGGCUACGAGAGCGAGUUGUGAUGAGCUUGGAUGCAGCGAACUAGAUCCAAGGCCUCGCUCCAGGCUGCUACAUUCAUCAAACGAAUCCCAGCCCGUUGUUAACUUUGGGCUUGUGGCCACGGGAGAUACCGUGAUGAGAUCUGGAGAAGAUCGAGAUAGGAUUUCUGCUCGCGAUGAAGUGAUCGCUUUUGAAAUGGAGGGCGCGGGAGUAUGGGAGACGUUUCCUGCCGCUCUGGUCAUCAAAGGCGUGUGUGACUACGCGGACAGUCACAAGAACAAAACAUGGCAAGCUUAUGCAGCUGCCACGGCGGCGGCGGCUGCCAAAGCCUUCUUAGAAUAUUGGCACAUAGGCGAGUGCUACACUUCAAAUCCGAUCACGACCAUUCAUAGAUCGGCGGUAGCUAUUUCCUUACCAACAAGCUUGCCUCAGCAUUCACAGGAUAACUCUGAGUAUCGAAAGACGAGACAGUUUGGAACGAGAGAGUUGGAGAUAAUGAAAAAACUCAAUACCUCACCCUACCGAGAUCGGAAAGACCGAAACCCAGACAGAGUAGUCGGAACAUGCGAAUGGUUUAUUCAGCACCAACUCUUCCAAGAUUGGAGAGAUAGCCCUGCUUCGAGACUCCUUUGGGUCUCUGCUGACCCAGGAUGCGGCAAGUCAGUCCUGGUGAAAUACUUAGUCGACAGCAUCGUUUUGACUACGCCAAAAACAACGGUGUGCUAUUUCUUUUUUAAAGAUGAUUUUGAAGAUCAGAAAAGCAUUACCAGUGCUCUCUGUUGCAUUAUAUACCAGCUGUUUCAGCAGAAUCCUGCCUUGUUCACUGAAGCCAUCGUCAAUCAAGUUGAAGCUGGCGGGGAGCGGUUCCUUAGUUCAUUCAGCGAUCUAUGGCAUAUCCUUCUCCUCGCAGCCGAAGAUGUACACGCUGGGGAAAUCAUUUGUAUUCUUGACGCAAUUGAUGAGUGUGAUGACCACGGACGGUCUCAGCUUGCUAAAGCACUGUGCAAGCUAUAUGGCCCUGAUAGCCGCUUGAAUCUCAAGUUGAAAUUUCUAGUAACAAGCAGGCCGUUCGGCAACAUACGACAGGGCUUCCAACCGCUACAAGUCUCUGGAAUGCCCAUUAUCCAUCUAAGCGGAGAGAGUGAAGAAGAAAUGAAAAAGAUCGCCGCAGAGAUUGACAUAUAUAUCAGGGCCAGGCUUAUGAGAGUACCCAACAGGACUUAUCUUUGGGUUCAUCUCACUCUGGAUCUUAUCGAGAACGAUAUAAACAUUGACAAAGCCGGGAUACUUCGAGCUACUACCCAUAUUCCAAAGACAGUCGAUGAAGCCUAUAACAGGAUACUUUCCAAAACGGCUGAAAGAGCUCUAUCGUUAGAAGAACUCGGAUUUGCUCUGUCUAUCCAGAGGCACCAUCGGUCUUGUAAUGAUAUUGACAUCAAACAUGAAGAUCGUUUGAGAGAGAAUAUACGGGAUACCUGCGGACUUUUUGUGACAGUUAUUCAAUCGAGGGUCUACCUCCUUCACCAGACUGCGAGGGAAUUCUUAGUCCGGGAUACCCAAUUACUUUCAACUGAUUACAUCAAUCCGGAUCUUGAAUGGAAGCAUAUUAUUUUGCCGCAUAAGUCCCACAAGACUUUGGCGAAGAUCUGCAUUUCUUGCCUUCUCCUGUCGGAUCGUGGUGCUAAGCACGUCGUGAGGUAUCAUCAGUCCGAAUCUACGAACGGCUGCAUUCUUUUCAAUUAUUCCGCCAACUAUUGGACUAAACAUCUCCGAGAAUCGCAUACCAAGAUAAGUGAGCACAUGGAGCAGUCGAUUUGGAAGUUAUGUAAUGUCAAUUCAAGGCUUUGUGAGCGUUGGCUUUCGGUCUUUUGGAAAAAGACGUCAAGUACAGCCUUCCCUGAGCAAUUCACAACGCUCAUGGUUGUAUCGUACUUUGGACUUGACGCGAUGGUAAAGAUUAUACUAUCUACCAUAGCCGAUGAUGACGAACUGAAUGCUCGAGAUGGGACUUAUGGGCGAUCAGCCCUCUCUUGGGCUGCUGGAAACGGCUUUGACGAUGUUGUCAAGUUAUUGGCUCGAGGUGGUCGCAGCUGGCGCAGAAAAUUAUCCUUACUACUGUUUGGCAAUCUUUCUGAAAUCGACUCCAUGGAUGCCUCCGAUAACAUUGGUGGUACGCCGCUAUUUUAUGCUAUGACUUACAGACGAGAGGCUAUCGCCAAACUACUGCUCGAGCAUGGAGCGACUCCCAUAUCAGAGGAUAAGAUGGCCACCAAACUAUUCUUCUCCGCUGUGGAAAAGGACGAUGUACGAGUUGUUCAAUUAUUCCUUGAAUCAGGCUUCGAUAUCGAAUUAAGAGAUCGCAAUAAUCAGACGCCACUGCUAUCAGCCUUUAAAUUGAAACACCGGGAUACUUUUCAAGUUCUCUUAGACCGAGGAGCUAAUAUUGAUAUUCGAGAUGGAAAGGGACUUACACCACUUCAUUAUGCAGCCCAAUCUGGAGAUAUGGAUCUUGUUCAGCUCCUCCUUGACAAAGGCGCUUCUAUUGACUUGGUCGAUAACAAAAAACGCACGCCUCUUCAUUAUGCAAUUAAAUCUGAAGAUAUUCAUUUUAUUCAGUUCUUUCUCGACAACGGCGCUAAUAUCGACUCGGUCGAUAUAAACAGCCAUACACCGCUUCAUUAUGCAGUUAAAUCUAGGGUUAUCAAUCGCGGUAUCAAUCGCAAUAAUAAUCGUGGUAUUAAUCGCGGUAUUAGUCUCGGUGUUAAACUCGAUAUUGAUCGCGUCAAUGUCCCUCUCUACACUGGUGCUGUUAUCGAAUCCCCCGGUUUAAACAAACGCACGCCGCUUGAUCAUGCAACCGAACCUAAAAAUAUUGUUAUCGUCCGGCUCCUUCUCAACUACAACGCUAACAUCAACUCAGUCGAUUUAAGCAAACGCACGCCACUCUCUUACGCCAUCGAGUCUAGGGAUAUCAAGCUCAUUCAGCUUUUGGUCGAAAGAGGUGCCGACGCAAAGUUACUGCAUGAAGAAGAGCAAGCAUUGAUAUAUGUGCACCAGCGUCGACUGCUGUACGUAGAUAUUGAAAAUGCUGCCCGUCCACGUGUUUGGGGGAAGCCACCUCGCAACGAAGGGUAUCACCAGAGCAAUCAUUCCCUAUGA